GAUGUUGUUCAUAACAAACAUAUACACUGCGCAAAGCCUCAUUUUCAGUUAUUGCAAGCUCUGUCUCGCAUACAAUUGUAGUGGAAAGUUUCAUUCCUGUGUUAACUCUCUUGCAACGUGAGUUUAUUCAUUUGUGCUCAUACUGAGCGAAGAUUGAACCUCUGCCUCGUCUUUUACACCAAGAUAUUUUUACAUUGUAAUUUCCUUCAUGAAAAUGGGAAAAGAUUAUUACAAAAUUCUUGGGAUAUCCAAAUCAGCUACUGAUGAUGAAAUCAAAAAGGCCUAUCGUAAGCUGGCUUUAAAGUACCAUCCAGAUAAAAAUAAAGCACCCGGUGCUGAAGACAAGUUCAAAGAGGUAGCUGAAGCAUAUGAAGUUCUCAGUGAUAAGAAAAAGAGAGACAUCUUUGAUCAGUAUGGAGAGGAAGGAUUGAAGGGUGGCUUGGGAGGAGGCAGUGCCGGAGGAGGAGGUGGCGGUGGUCCUGGAGCUAGCUUUUCCUAUGCCUACCACGGUGACCCACGAGCUACGUUUGCCCAGUUUUUCGGAUCUUCCAACCCCUUUGAAUCCUUUUUCUCAAUGGGCGGAAUGGGCCAGCAACAAGGAGGAAACAGAGGGUUCUUUCCAGAAGGCGGGGAAGACAUGGAUGUAGACGACCCCUUUAUUAACUUGGGAUUCGGAGGAAGAAAUCCCGGAGGAGCUUUUAGAUCUCAGAGUUUCAACAUGCACGGGCCAGGAAUGGGAAAGGAAAAAGUGCAAGACCCUCCAAUUGAAUAUGACCUCAAUGUCACUUUGGAAGAUGUCUUGAAGGGAUGCACAAAGAAAAUGAAAAUCUCCCGUAAAGUAUACCAGGCUGAUGGCUCAUCUAAAAAGGAAGACAAAGUAUUAACCAUUAACGUCAAACCGGGCUGGAAAGCAGGAACAAAAAUCACUUUUCAAAGAGAAGGAGAUCAGACACCAAACAAGAUACCAGCCGACAUCGUUUUUAUUAUCCGAGAUAAACCCCAUCAUUUCCUGAAGAGGGAUGGUUGUGAUUUGCGCUAUACCGCCAAAGUGUCCCUAAGAGAAGCCCUUUGCGGAACACUCGUCGAAGUACCCACCUUGACAGGAGAAAAAAUCCCUGUGGACAUGCUUAACGAAAUAAUCAAACCGUCCACGAGUAAAAGAAUAGUUGGCCAAGGAUUGCCCAUGCCCAAAGACCCUGCUAAACGAGGCGAUUUAAUUGUUAAUUUCGAUAUAAAAUUCCCCGACCAUCUGGCUCAAAGCGUAAAAGACAUUUUACACGAUACCUUGCCUAAGUAGAUUAAGCGGAAUAGCAUAGCCCAUAGCAAACGUCGGGCAACGUACUACGGAUUAAACGUUUUAUUUUUGGGAAAAUAAUCGAGCAUAAAUUCACUAAUUCAUCUUGUUUCAAUUAUUGGCUGCGCUUUUCGUUACACUGAAUCGAUGAAAGUUAUCUCUGUAAAUGUGUUAAAGUGUACAAUGUUUCUCACCUAAAAGUUAAAUAGACUAUUUCAUUACA